AUGGCCGCGACUAUGCUCGACAGCUUUCUGCUUCCACAUCCCACCAUACUUUGUCCUCCUCCACUGCAGUUCCAGAAGAAACCCCGCAAGACGACCAUCCGAAGGCGCAUGCUCCGCAGGGCCACCCAGACUCAGAGGCAAACUGUCCAUGGUCCUUUAGACGACAUCAUCGCCGAAAUCAAGAGCGACAUUCGUGAGUCGCCACCGGAAUUUGUCGCGAGCCCGUUAUUUCUCGAUUGGGGUAACCCGCUUAAGGCACCGUCGACUUGGGCUGUGACACCGCUACCAGUCAGUCGUGCUCCCAGUAACCAACCCCUGACAAUCCGCAAAAACAGAAACAGUCGCUCUUCGGCAUCAGGCUCCAGCAUGGGUGAUUCAACAUCGUAUUCACGCAACAGUAGUCACGAUGAGCUUGUGAGCAACAACACAGUAGGUACACCGUGGCCUUCGUUCGACGGAAGUUUGCCGCAUGUACCAACCAAGGUCUCGAAUAUAUCCCAUACCACUAGCUACACCGAAAAUGCCAUUGCGCAGAGGAGCCUUGAAAGCGCUGUUGAGCGGGCAACUAGCACUGGCGGAACGGUGCCCCAGCGGCGCCCGUCGCGUUUGCGUAUGUUCACGAAUGGAUUCCCACGUCUACGCCGCAUGGGAACAGGAGACACGAACACCAGCACUGUUGAUGUGUCCGAGUCUGCAUCGCCAAACACUGCAGCAACAACGCCGCCUGCAGGUUCUGAGGACAGCUACGAGCCAAGUGACGAAGCUGUGAACGUCUAUAUGAAGAGGAACGCACACAACUGCACACGUCUCCGGAGUAUGAUGGAGCGCAUGGCCACACGACUUCCAACCCCGGUCGAGAACGAGCCUGAGCUUGGAGAAGAACAAUCUCUAAAGCCGCGAACGAUGCCUACAACUCUGAGAGCAGCAAUCAGAGUCUUCCCAGAAGUCAAAAUUUUGACGAAGGAUGUACAAGAAUUCAGCGUGGCCAUAGAGAUUGAAGGCGUGCUCCACAACCGCAAUGCACUAUCUUGCGCAACAAUUGACGUGGUCUUCGUUGUGGACAACGGGUAUGACAUCAAAGUGGUUGAAAAGGACUGGCUGACCACUUGGCAGCCUACCCGUCCCAAUCCGUCUAUGACUGACGUUGUCCUUGGCGUGGCGAGAUCUCUUGAGAAAGAAGACUUGAAACACGGUCGCACUCAUAUCAUCUUGCUUUCAUCGGCAGCUUACGUCCUACACGAUAUUUCGAAGACCCUCCCAAACCUAGCAGUUCAUCGUAUCAACCCGGCAGCUCUGCCUUACCGCCGCGAACCCGAGCUGCAGGAUACAACAUGCUUCGACGCGUGUUGCAAGAACGUCUUCGCUAGCAAUUGGACAUCCUACCAGUCCGCACCUGGUCGCAUCAAGCGAGUGUUGAAGAACGCUCGGUCCAUGGGGCCUAUUGGAGAAUUGACGAAUGUUUCCCUGGAUCUACGAGCCAGGGAAGGAUGCGAGCUCAUUGAGUACUUCGGCCGCUGGGACAUACCUCAUCUGCGCCUCGGACAAGUACACACAGUGUUCGCCAGGAUCCGCGUGUAUCGAACUCGGACGCAGAGCGCGGAUCUGCAAUCUGACAAUCCCAUUUUCAAUUCUAGUCUGGACGUCAAAGGCCUGAGGAAGAACCUACACAAUGCUCUAGCUCUCGGCGCAAUCAAGGUCCAUCUUUUCGACGUGCAGCUUUACCAUCGCAACUCCAUCAAUACGGUCGACUGUUGGAAUUAUACCGAAGCUCCGCUGAUCACUACCCUUGAACUCGGUCGUUUGGCGGCUCCUCUUGACAACUCUCUGGACUUGUACAAGCGCCUCUACUUCAAUAAAUUCGUCCAGCUGAAGACCGAAGAUGCUCAGAUUGAGGCCGAGAAUCUACUCGCCAUUUUGAGCAUGGACAAUCAAGCAGCCAGAAAGGUAGUCGAGCAGAUUUACCAGGAAAUCAAAUGCCAAGUCAAGAUACGAGAGUACGAACAGGACUAUCGCCAGAGACUGCCUCUGUGUCCCGGACCAAUUGACAUCGAGUCGCCGCACGAGUGGCUCUUGGAGCUAUGGAACAAAAGGAAAGGCAAGCGGAAUGGCGUCACGGUCAGGAGAGGAACACUGAGCUUGGCUGAUGGUCUGGAGCGUCUACCUUCGUGA